AAUCAGAGAGGCGUCAUCCCGGCGGUUAGCGACACUCAAAACAACAUGAGCAGAGCGAGGAAGAUGAAGGUGUUGGAGCUGUUCUGAGGAGCUGCCAUUACAGACAUAGAUCUGAGCAUUUUUACAGCUUGGAUGUAGUUCCACUUCUAAUGCAGGUCGGCUCUCAGAGUUUUGGUCCAGAACGAGAGGUUCAGGAGGAGACUUACGAUGUCUCACAGGAGGAGCGAGGAAGAGCUGGAUGCUGAUUUUGAGAAGUUCCUGAAAGAGUCUGUUUCAGACGAUUCUGUGGAUCUAAGCAGCCCUGAUCGUCAGACCAAACCGAGCCGCCAGAAACCGCCCUGGUGGUCAGAUGACGAGCACAGCGGUGGAGCAGCAGAGUCAUCCCAACGGCGGUUUAUCAAAGACCCAAAGCCCCCGACUGACAACAACCAGGGUCUCACAGGAUCUGGAAAGGUUUUCAGGAAGUCUCUGAGAGGCUCUCAGCCUACUGAGGAAGAGGGGGACGUUACCGGCGGCUCAGAGAGAGAGCAAUCCGUGCUGGCAGCAGCUGGGAGGGUGAGCAGGAUGGGUCUGGACACCCUGGAGGAGGAGGAGGAGAAGGCCCGGUUCUUCGCCCAGAUCGAGGCAGGAGCUUCAUCAGCUGUAUAUUACUCUCAGCUGAACAGAGAGAUGGACUCCAGCCUUUCUACCUUCACCAUGGACCUCAGAAAAGUGGAGAAAGAAGAAAUGGAGCAGAGGGAAGCAGGAGCAGCAGCCCCUGCCAUCUCCCCACACUACAGUGAGGAUUUUGAAGAUGAGGAGCGUCUAAAGGAGCCACUGGGGCAGAAAGCGUCUCAGAUUCUGGCCAGAGUUUCUCUCUACGACUCUUUGGACGACACCUGUGGAGAAGACAGAGGGACGGACGGAGGGAAGGACGGAGGGAAGGAUGGAGGUACGGACGGAGGGAAGGAUGGAGGGCAGCUGUACACACAGAGUGGAGGCUCAGAGGUGGAGGCUCUUCAGGAGGCAUACAGGCAGAUCCACUCUGUGGACGACUCAGACCAUCACCUGGGGGAUAGAGGGGGGGCUGAGGGGGCGGCGCCUCCCCCCUCUCCCCCUCAGCAGUCUCUGCAGCCGGCUUCCACCAAGGACUCAGAUUUGCCAACUGCAGAGGAGCUGAUGAAGCCCAUCCGGCCAGAAAACCACCGAGCUCAGAGCUUCAACCUGCCGGCUGCCUGGGCAGCAGAGCUCCAUCCUGACCUCAAGAAGACUUUCCUGGUUCAAACUCCUUCAAAGGAGCCGAGAAAGAGCGGCCCCACCGCAGGACUUAAAGGAGCAGCGAGGUCCUCCAUCCACACCAGGUCCAGGUCCCCAGAACCUCCCCACCCAAAGCUGGCCUUCAGGGAGGGAGAGCAAAGACAGAAAAAAUCUUCUUCUCAAUCUCUGCCUGAGGCUGGAAACGCCAGGAACCAACGGACGUCCAGGAGCUCCUCCAUGGUUCCGGAGAGGAAGACGGCCGCUGGAGUUAAGGCUGGGGGUGGGAGGGCAGCUGGAAGGAGCAGAGCCGCCCCCUCCAAGCCCCCGUCGGAUGGUGGUGCUGCAGAGGCGGGUCUGGAGGCGAGCGGCGAGCUGGUGGCGUCCGUUCAGUCCCUGUUGGCUGUCCUCCAGCAGCAGAUCCACACCGGCAGCCAUGAAGCUGCGCAGGAGGUCAGAGCCCCUCUUCAGGCCGCGGCGGUUCAGGACAGUUCUGGCGCCGAGGCGCUAAGAGUCCAGCUGGCUCAGAAGGAGGAGGAGCUGCAGAGGAUGAAGGAUGAAGUACAGGAGAUGAAUCUGCUGAGACAGCAGAACUACCUGCUGCAGAGCAAGCUGCGCCUUGCAGAGGAAGCCAGUCAGAAGAGGAGACGGGUGGAGCCUGCAGACCUCAGCUCUGAGGAGAAAUGUCAGAAAAUAGAGAAGGAGAUCCAGGAGCAGGAGACGCUCCUCAGAGGUUACCAGCAGGAGAACGAGAAGCUGUACCUCCAGAUGAAGGCCCAGCAGGCCCAGAGCAAAGCCAACCAGGAGGCCAUGUUUACGGAGAACCAGAGGCUGCUGAACGAGCUGGCUCACACGAGGGAGCAGCUGAGGAACACCUGGAGGCCCGUGGAUCAAACCAAACAGAUCUCUGAGCUGCAGGCUGAGAUCCGCCUCCUUCAGAAGAAGCAGGCAGAGCUGUCUGAGGAGAAGCGCUCUCUGGACGUGGAGCUGCAGCUGCUGAGGAAGGAGCGAGACGAGGGAAGAGCAGGAGAGAAGCUCUCUGAGGCGGAGGAGGUGGCGGCUCUGAAGAAGAAGCUGCAGUGGUUUGCUGAGAACCAGGAGCUGCUGGACAUAGACGCCCGGAGGCUGAAGGAGGCGACCGCUGAGAUCCUCCGCCUCCGAGAUCAGGUGGAGAAGCUGAAGCAGGAAACGGGCCAAGGAAGCAGGAAGCAGCAGAGGAAGAUCAGAGACGGAUCUGCAGACAGGAGGAAAAUGCAGGAGCUCCAGCGACAGGUCAAGGAGCUGGAGCAGAUCCUGAGGAGCAGGAACCCAAACUCUCUCCCAGCUCUGAUUUAUGCCGCAGCCACGGAGGACGGCGCCUCCGCCGGGACGCCGCCGCCCAGCCGGGUCAACGCGCUGCUGGAACGCAGAGUUCAGCGCCUGGAAUCUGAACUGGAGAGUCACGACGAGGAGGCCAAGCGCAGCCUGAGGGCCAUGGAGCAGCAGUUCCACCGGAUCAGGCUGCGCUACGAGCAGCAGAUCAGUGAGCUGGAGCAGCAGCUGCUGCAGAGACGGCCGACCGAAGCAGCGGCACCUGCAGCGGAGCUGCGGCGGGAAAAGAUCAGCCACCAGGAGAAAGAGGAGAGUCUGCAGGAGCAGAUAGAAGCUCUGCAGCAGCAGCUCAGACCAAAGGUCCAGUCCAGCCCAGGCCGGCACCAGCGCCAAGCUGAGGCUGCGUUCGGCGCCAGGAUAGAGCGACUGAACCGAGAGCUCGCCACCAAGAACCGAAGAAUUCAGGAGCUGAACCGGACCGUGGAGAGGCUGAAGGGAGAGCGGCGAGGCGCGCCGUCCGCACCGCGCCGCUCUGCGGAGAGCGGACCAUGCGCCGGGCCGACCGGACCUCAGCAACACGCAGCAGGAACCAACAUGGAGGAAGAAACCUUCCCUGCUGCCCAGAACGAGAAGACUUACCAGCCCACCGUGUUCACAGGAAGCCACAUCUCCGAGGUGCUGCAGGAGAACGAGGCUCUGAGGGAGCGUGUGGAGCAGCUUCAGCUGCAGAGUGAGAAGGAUCAGGAGGAGCUGCAGGCCAGAGCUGCUCGGGCAGAGGAGGAGCUGUCCAGGCUGAGGGAACGCUCUGCGGAGCAGCUGUCCUCCAUGAAGGCGGAGCACCUGAGGGUUCUGGACCGCCUGCGUGCCGCCCAUGCUCUGGAGCACUCCUCAUCCAAGGUGGCAGAACUGAGCAAUAAGCUCCAGACUCAGGAGGUGGCCAUCAAGCACCUGCAGCAGCAGCUGAAGGAGCUGCAGGAAAGUAAAGAGGCCCUCUGCAUCUCCAGGAGGAGAGAGGAAGCUCUGCAGAAGCAGCUCACCCAGCUGCUGCAGGAGCUGAAGGAGGCCAAAGAAGCUCAGAGCUCCGAGGUGAAGCUUCUCUGCAGCCUGGAGAGGAAGAUCAUCAACAUGGAGCUGAGACAGGAGCACAGAGAGAAGGAGCUGCAGCAGGUGGUCGCCGACACCUUUCACAUGUCGGCGGCUGAUCUGCAGUCAGAAGUGGAGCGAUGGCGGCGACUGGCGCAGGACAGGAGCAGAGAGCUGGACGCUUUCCGCUCAGAGCUGGACUCCAUCCUGGACAUCCUGAGACACCUCCAGAAGCAGGGGGGGUCCUCCCACCCCUGAGAUAACAGCCCGCCUGCUGCAGGACCGUUAGCGGCCAUCAGAGGCGCGG